GAACGAUUAUUGAAACCCCUUAGUGCUUUUAUUGGCGUGACUGGUGAGAUGAGAGAACUUGCAACGGUUGUAAGCAAAGACAUUUAUCUCCAUAAUCCAAACGUGAAGUGGGAUGAUAUUAUUGGACUGGAUGCAGCUAAAAGGCUAGUCAAGGAAGCAGUUGUUUAUCCCAUAAGGUACCCCCAGCUGUUUACUGGCAUUCUGUCUCCUUGGAAAGGAUUAUUGCUGUAUGGACCACCAGGUACUGGAAAAACUUUGCUUGCUAAGGCUGUUGCCACAGAAUGCAAUACAACCUUUUUCAACAUAUCAGCAUCCACCAUUGUCAGCAAAUGGAGGGGUGAUUCAGAAAAACUUGUCCGGGUGUUAUUUGAGCUUGCCCGGUACCAUGCUCCUUCCACAAUUUUCUUGGAUGAGCUGGAGUCAGUUAUGAGUCAGAGAGGCACUGCUUCUGGUGGUGAACAUGAAGGAAGUCGGCGGAUGAAAACAGAAUUACUGGUGCAGAUGGAUGGCUUGGCCCGAUCUGAUGAUCUUGUAUUUGUUUUAGCAGCUUCCAAUCUGCCAUGGGAGCUAGAUUCUGCCAUGCUGCGGCGGUUGGAGAAGAGGAUUUUGGUCGACCUCCCAAGUAAAGAGGCACGGCGGGUGAUGAUCCAGCACUGGCUGCCCCCUCUGAGCAACAGCGGAGGAGUGGAGCUGAGAACGGAUCUGGACUACGGCUUGCUGGGCCAGGAAACAGAUGGGUACUCCGGUUCAGACAUUAAACUCGUCUGCAAGGAAGCAGCUAUGAGACCAGUGAGGAAAAUUUUCGAUGCUCUUGAAAAUCAUCAGCCAGGUAACAGUAACUUACCUGUGAUCCGAUUGGACACAAUCACAACAGCAGAGUUCCUGGAUGUGAUCGCCCACACCAAGCCAUCAGCAAAGAAUCUAAGCCAGAAGUACACAGCUUGGCAGAGAGAAUUUGAGUCAGUUUGA